AUGGCGCCUGCGUCCCUGCUCUGCGGGACCAGCUCCUGCACCGCGGCGGUCUGGGAACGCAUGGCCGGCGAUUACGCCUGCGGCGAGCGCAUCCUCUGGCUGCAGUCGCCAGCGGGAGGCUCCUUGAGCGAAGCCGCUUCCUGCCGGCAGGUGGCGGGCGAGUAUGCGGCCGAGUGCGGUGACUGCAACCCGCUGCUACCAUCGCUGUCUCCCGAGCGCAUCCUCUGGCUGCAUUCGCCAGCGGGAGGCUCCUUGAGUGAGGCUGCCGCCUGCCGGCGGGUGGCGGGCGAGUAUGCAGCCGAGUGCGGCGAGUGCAUCCCAGAGGCGACAGAGCCGACACCUCCGAGCUCUGGCAUCCGUGUCAGUGGGAGGAGCUUGCUCAUCGGCGAUGAGCCCUUCAUCAUGAAGGGCGUUUGCUGGAACGCCGUGCCCCGUGGCGCCGUGCACCCGCCGUCCCCGAGGAACGAGCUCGCCCUUGCGACAAUCGAUGCUCCGUUGAUGGCUGCGGCGGGUAUCAACACGGUGCGCACAUACACGACCGUCGCCUCAGUGGCGGUGCUCAAUGCAUUCUGGGCGCAUGGCAUCUAUGUCGUCAACCCGAUCAACCCGCUCGCCUCGGAUUCCGACAUCGACGCCGCCGUCGACGCAACGAAGGCGCAUCCUGCACUGCUCAUGUGGUCGCUCGGCAAUGAGUGGAACUACAAUGGGCUCUACGUUGACCUGCCCCAUGCCGAGUGCAUCGAACGGAUCGACGCCGCGGCGCGCCGGAUCAAGGCCCGCGAUGGUCACCCUGUGGUGAGCGUUUACGGCGAGGUGCCCAGCGCCGAUACGGUCGUCGCCCUCAGCGCUAUUGACGUCUGGGCGCUGAACGUCUAUCGCUACGACAACUUUGGCGACCUGUUCGCCGUCUGGGCCGAACGGACCCCUUCCGCCGACAAGCCCAUGUUCCUUGGCGAGUGGGGAGCGGACGCGUACAACUCGAAUGGCAACGACGGCGCCGGAGCCGAGGACCAGCCCUCCCAGGCCGCGGCGACUACCACGCUCGGCGACCAGAUCAUCGCCAACCUGGUCCCGAACAACGGCGGCGGCGGCGGAGUAUGCUUCGGCGGCGCGCUCUUCGAGUGGGCGGAUGAGUGGUGGAAGGCGGGCAACGAGUGGCAGCACGACGUUGGCGGCACCGCUCCAGGCGGCGGCCCGUACCCCGACCGCACCUUCAACGAGGAGUGGUGGGGGCUAGUGGACGUUGAGCGCACUCCAAGGCUCGCCUACGCAGCCUACCGCGACCUCGUGUUCGGGAGCAAUGCUGAGGCCGGCGCGCCUGCGCCGGCUGUGUCGCCACCGCCGUCACCGCCACCGCCACCGUCUCCUCCGCCGCCGUCACCGUCUCCACUGUCGCCGCCCCCACCCUCGCCCCCCGCCCUCUGCGGGACCAGCUCCUGCACCGCGGCGGUCUGGGAACGCAUGGCCGGCGACUACGCCUGCGGCGAGCGCAUCCUCUGGCUGCAGUCGCCGGCGGGAGGCUCCUUGAGCGAGGCCGCUUCCUGCCGGCAGGUGGCGGGCAUGGAGUACGCGGCCGAGUGCGGCGCGUGCAGCCCGUGA